AUGCAAUACUCUUCCGACGGUGAACAGUCUUACGGGUCAGGAGGAGUCGACGACGAAGCGGGCGACGCAGACGCAGACACAGACCCCCAUCUUGAACGCAUUCUGGAAGAGUCAAGGCGGGACGCCGAGGAAACCUUUCGCCUGCACCAAGAGUACGAAAACCAGUACAAAACAGCCUUGGAGCUCUCCGCGCAGACCCAGCGGGAGAGAGAUGCUCAGGAGGCCGCGAGGCCAAAGCUGUACUACCAGUUCAUCACCCGUUACGCGUGUAGUCAUGAGGUCAACCGCGGGUACGGCGAAGAGCCUAUCGAGCGGACAGCAGACGAUGAGGAGUGGCUCAUCGAUGACGACUACCGCCGCGACUGCCCUGACUGCACAGGAGCUGGCAGCCGUGGUAGCCCCGCCUCACAGAAGACUCGUAACCGACAAGCACUGCAGCCUCCUCUUGUCUUGGGGCCUCGCCAAACUGACACGAACCCUUUUGGUCCCGCACCGCCAGCUGAGGAAUAUCAGCACCAGGACCCGAACCCGCGUGUUAAAGGCAAACAGCGUGCUCGUGCCCAGCCGCCGCUAAUGGAAGAGGCCGCGGGUUAUCAAGACGUCAUCGAUCUCGAAGGCGGCGUUGGAGCCAUGAGCUUCCCUGGACCCGCGGCUCCCGCUCCGCCGCGUCGUGGUAAUCUGGCUGGACAGAGUGCUGCAGCUCAAGCGCAGCAGCAACAAGGGCAACGUAGGCGUCGCCCUGAAGGGUCGGGCACUAUCCCGCAAGCGCCGCCUCCGGAUUACGGGACUUGA